AGACCUUGUGGCACCUUUUCUAGAGGGGUGAAUAAAUUAUGUUUGACUCACAAAGGUAUAAGCUUCAACAUUAGCAAUAAUAUAAUAUACUACUACUAGCAGAGCACCAAAUAAUAUACUACUACUAGCAGAGCACCAAAUCAAGCUUCCUCUCUCUUUAUUCCAAUCUUUCUCUGAAACCAAUUGGGAUUAUGCUAUUGGUGAAGUUUUCAAAUUAGCAGCACCAAGAUUGGGAGGUUUUGUAGUUAGCAAUGGAACCUAUGAACUAUGCUUUGGAAGGAAGUGGCUUGUUGUUUCCUGAUAAUAUACCAACAUUUGCAAGAAGUAGAAAUAUGCUAAAGGAUUGGAGCUUGAACCCCUUUUGUAAUGUUGAUAAAAACAUGUUUGUCCCUAGUCAAGAAAUAGAUGUAAAUACAGAAUUCCAAGAAUCAGGAAUUGCUGAUAUUUUGAAGAAAUGUACCGCGAGUAAUCAAUUGUCAGGAGGUUUACAUGCUGAAAUAGCUGAUAAUUCUAGGAAGGUGUUUUUAUCUACUUCUGUAAUUAGUUUGGACCAAAUUGUGGGAGAAGUGGAACGUGAAGCGAGAUUUAGUCAUAUGGGUAAUAAGUCUAAUGAUCCAAUAUCAUCGCCAAUUGGAUUGAAAUUGGAGCAGUUGGUUCAUAAUGGAGAAGUCAGGAGUAGUCAAUCUCCAAAAGGAAGUUCAGUUUCUCUAUUGCCAACGGAAAAAGCCCGUUCUCAUUCUCCUGUCUUUCAAGUUCAUGGUCAUAUGGAGGAGGAUUCGACUGUUUAUAGAGAAAUCAAGAGUAAUUCGUCUUUGAUGGAACCGUUGCUAUUAGGAAAAAAGUUGAGGACCACAAAUUUGCAUUCUCAGGUUCCUCUGUGCCAAGUUUAUGGUUGUAACAAGGACCUGAGCGACUCAAAAGGCUAUCACAAAAGGCACAGAGUGUGUGAGGUACACUCAAAAACUUCUAAAGUUGUCGUUAAUGGCGUUGAGCAAAGGUUUUGUCAGCAGUGUAGCAGGUUUCACUUGCUGGCAGAAUUUGAUGAAGGUAAACGCAGUUGUCGCAAACGCCUUGCAGGCCAUAAUGAGCGCCGAAGAAAGCCUCAAUUUGAUACUCACUGGGGUUCAAGGCUAAUGGAGAUGACUUCAGAAAAGAGAGUUCCAUUUCAUUUCCCUGAAAUACAUCCCAACAGUUCCUUUUGUCAAGAACAAUAUGAAAACCAUAGCAAGCGCAUCAAAUUGGAACAGUUACCAGCAAAAAGUCUCCAGCGUCAUCAUGUAAUGAGAAAAGAAGAUUCAUCUAAGAUUCAUGCCAGGGCAACACAGUCAGUUCAAGAAUUAUGGGCAGGGCAAAACUCCGCUUGUGCUCUCUCUCUUCUGUCAGAAAAUCAUUGUGCUUACCUUAAAAGAGAUCGUAAUCUUGAGAAGUUUUGCGGAAUAAGUGAUUCGAGAAGCUUUAUGUUCAAUCAAUUGUAUCCAUCUGAAAAUUUUGGAAAAGAUAGGAUCAUCCAAGUUCUUGAUGAUCACGGUCAGGAUGUUUCAAGUGAAGUUCUAAGAGAAAGACACGUUCAAAGAUCAAAUUCUAUGACCGUGGAUUUAGUUCAGUUGUCGUCGCACCUGCAAAGAGUGGAGCAGCUGAAAAAUUCUGUCCAAGUGAAGCAGGAAAGUGAAAUCUUCCGUUGUUUUACUACUACAUGAGCAUUAAGAAAGCUUCAAGUGUUCAAUUCGAUACCUGAAAUUUUUUGAGGAGAUUAAGCUGUUGUAAGAAUGGAAUUGCCAACAAGCCAAGAGGCAAAGAUAGAAUAUUAGUAAAAGUUUGAUGUCCGUCUAUAUUUUGUAAGUGUCAGCUAGGCCUGUGCACAAAUCGGUUCAAUCCGAAUUUUCGAACCGAUUCGAAACAAUUCGGAUAAUUCAAUUUGGAUAAUACAAUUCGAUUUCAAUUUACAAAUGCAAUUGUAAAAUAUUACGGUUUAACGGUUCGGAUACGGUUGGCUUCAAUUAUCAACCGAACCGAUCCGAACAAACCGAAUUUAUAUGCCACAAGUGACUAAUAUGACUAAUUUGGUAUAUGUAAUGUGGUGUUGGCGGAUUUGUAUGCUUGCACAAGUUUUCAAGC